ACGAGAGGAUGCAGUAAUUUUGAUUGUGUAUACGCUACCCUAUAUUCGUAUUUGCCAGAGGAUUACGCCCGUCGAGCUUAUGAAAGCCAAAUAAUGUCUCUACGAAGAGCUAAAGAAAGAGCAUCAGGGGUUCGUUCAAGUCCAAGUCGAUCUUCGUUCAAAGAGAGCCGGGAGCAAAAGGAACGAAGUGGUCGCGAAAAGCGCAGUAGCCCCGGCACCCCUCAUCGCUCAGCGAAGAAGUCGCAAUCUUUGACGUUUGUCAAUAGGAGAGGAUCAAAAAAAGGCAGCCCACCACUUAACCGUACCCCUCUCGACGACGAUCCUAAAGUAUUGCCCCUUCCUAGAAGCUAUAAUCAACAGUCACCACCGGACGUAUGGAGCCGUAAAAUGCGUGUACUUGACGAAAUCUUCUCAGAUAUGACCGUCUCUUCCAGUGCUCAAGAAGGGCCAACGAGCGAGUUCGAGCUUUUACACGUUCGCCUAAUGAUUUUUGAACCUGGUCCGUUCAAAACCAUAAAACGGGUUCACAUUAGCCGAGAAAUGUCAGCCGCUCUGAGUGUAAAAGAAGCAAUUGAUGAGCUGAUGGAUAAAAGAACUAGAAACAUCCAACAUGAGUGCCCUUCACGGCUGUACUUCUGUUCUGAGAACACAAGCCAAGGCCUUAGGAAGAUAACCGUGGAAGAGUUCGAAACGGCUCGCUUAUGGCAGUAUCCGGCUCGUAACAGCGUGCUGCAUUUCGUUCUCGACGCUGUCGGUUAUCUCAAGGGGAAAAGAGGAGACUGA